GGAAUAACAUAGGGAAUAGUAACAAUGUCAGUCUGGAAUAACGCUCUGAUUUUCCAAUUGAGACUGUGAUUUUUUUACUGAAAAGCAUAGACGACCCACAGUAGUAUCAAGUUAGUAAGAUGAGUAACUGGUUGUGGGGGAGUAUUUCCCUUUAACAACAUUAUAAUCCCAGUGGGAAUUGCAUCAAAAACAGCAUAUUCCUUGACAGUUACUGGAAUUUGAUAUCUUCUUAGAUUUAGAAGUUUUUGUUUUUUGUGGUUAAUAUAAUUAUUAACAAUAAUUUCUAUAGACAUAGAGACACACGCAGGGGUGCAUACAUACAGAAUAACAUCAAACAUAGACAAAGGCAGGGUCAAAGGAGAGGAAGAAAAAAAUAAAUGCUGAAAUCAGACAUUUGUCGUAGAGUAAAAAGUCCCAUAUAUAAGAACAGUUCUUUGUGCCUUAGCAUUUUUGGAGAGUCUUAUAGAGUCCAUAUAAUUGUUCAAGUCGAUCAACAAGGCAGGACAAUAAGGUUUCAAGUCGAUCAACAAGGCAGGAAAAUAAGGUUUACCACCACUGAACUUGCACUUAUGUAUAUGAAACUUUGCAAGCAAGAAUAAUAGGUUUAUAAUGAAGUAUUUACCUUCAUAUUCUUUCUCAUAAUUAAACAUACCAAAGAAGACAUCUUUAAAACAGAAAGAAAUACCAGUGUGUAUGAAUCUUUGAACGUUAGUCCAAAACUUGGCUGUAUGAGGACAGUUCCAAAAUAGAUGCUGUACACUCCAUAGAAAUAUUGCAGAAAGAACAGGUUGUCUCAAUAUCUUGUUUGAAGAAAUGAUCUUACAGGGUAGAUUUUGUGAAUUAGUUUAAAUGAAACUUCUCUUAUUUUGUUAGUAACAAAAUACUUGAAAGGCAAUGACCAAAGUUUUCUCCAUGGUAUAUUCUCUGUAACACUAUUCCAGAAAGGGAUAAUAUAGGAAACAGUAACAAUGUCUUUUUGAAGUAAUGCUCUAAUUAUCCUAUUUCUGUUAUGAUGUCUUGGAGAGACAUAAGUCACCCACAACAGUGUCAGAUAAGGCAGUUAAAUGAGUAAGGUGUGUAGGGGGUAAAUUACCCUUUAAGAGUAUUAUGAUUCCUGUAGGAAUUGCAUCAAACACAAUAGCAUAUAGCCUUUAACACCUUAGCAGUUACAGGUAUACGAUAUUUUCUUAAAAAUGGGUAUCCGUAUAGCCUACCAUUUGGGUCAAAGAGCUGACUAAUAAGACUAAGAGAAGUUAUGUUUGAAUAUGAGACACCAUCCCAAAAGCAUCUGUGGAAAUUUGACCAUUUCAUUGGGAGUUUACUAACAUUAAGGUCACACCAAUAGAAAUUCCAAGCCACCAACUUGGGAAAAGAUGUAGUUGGGGAUAGAGUUCCUAAGGGAUGUUGGGUUAUUCAUGAAUUGUCUGAUCCAGUUCAUUUUUAAGUGUUGUGAAAUCUAUGAAGUUCAUACCCUCACAGUGGUUGGGGUUCAUUACAACAGUUUUUUUUUUAUAUAGUGUAUGCUAUUUUUCCAUAUAAAGUUGAAUAACAUUAUCUAUUUUUUUCAAUUGUCAACGGCCAAGGCCAUAUAGCACUGUGAGUCUAGAAAUGCCAUCAGCUUUCAAGAGAACUCCGCCUCAUAGAAAAAUCCCUUUGUAACCAUGAGUAGCUUUUUCUGUGUUUUAAUAUUAAUCGGGUUAAAAUUUGAGGCAGAUCUAGUAUUUUGGUCUUUGGACAUUGUAAUACCUAAUUAUGUAACUUCAUCUCUCACAGGGAUAUUAUAAAUAGAGAGCAUAGAGCACUAUUUUAUGGACAGAAGCUCACAUUUUAUUUAAGGCUGCCCUAUCUCACUAUAUUUAUUUUUAAUAGCCUCUCAACUCCUAGCUCUUCAUAUUUCAAAUAGUACUCUCUACAAGGAAUCUCAGUCGCUGGUAGACAAACUAUUAUUAGUCAACUGGCUGACGACACCAUUCUCUUUCUUAACGACGCUUCCCAAGUUCCACUCUCGUUAGAUAUCAUCAAAACUUUCUCUGAAGCUUCUGGUCUCCAUCUUAGAUUUAGAAGUUUUUUGUUUAACAUACAGACGCAUUACGUCACUUUUAAACAUUGAAAGUAAAUGAUCACUGUAACUAGCAGAAUCGCUACUGGACCGUCAGCGGACUGAAGGUGACAUACUUCCGCUGAUAUUUUGUCAGCCACCGCGAAUACUUCCUAUUCUACUCCACGUUCUGGUAAGCUAGGUGCUACGCUAGUUGACAUGAAAAAGUCAAAGUUUAAAUACCAGAGAGUGUCUGGUAGUACAACUGCCGAACACUGUUGUGUGCCACAGUGCCAUGCAUCUGCAAAGUACAAUACUGUACUAAGUUUUUUUACUUUUCCUGCUGAUGAGGAGGUGAGGCGCAAGUGGAUCGUCGCUAUCUGCAGGGAUAAAGUCACUGCUCACACCCGGGUAUGUAGCCGGCACUUCAAAACGGAAGACAUCCGUGAACCAGCAUCAGAAACAGGCCGACGGCUGUUAAAAAAGGGUGCUGUUCCUGUAUUAUUUAAGUGGAACAACUACUCCUUUCCACCCACAAGACCUGGGGUUUUGGAGAAAAGGGAAAGACCGCCGCCAGAGGAUGACAGGGAGGAUACAGUGGUCCCGGACCACGUAACAUUUGACGUCCCCAUGCAACACGACUCGAAACCUGAAGGAUCAAGGCCGUUUCAAAGCAACCGGGGGCGUCUAUGCUUGCAAGCCAUCAAAGGUGUGGCAGCACAGGACUCGUCUAGUCCAAUCUUUGUGCCUUCUGUGUUUCCAUGGUCACAACAAAGCCAAAAACUCAAUACAAACAUGGGAAGAAACCAGAGGAAAAGGCUAGUAGAUGACAUGGGUACCCCACCACAUCAACCUGUGGCUUUGACUACGAAGCAAGGUGUGGCCUCACUGGACUCAUCUAAUCCUGACUUUGGGUCCUCUGUGUUUCCAUGGUUACAUCAAAGCCUGAAGGCAAAGAUGGGAAGAAACCAGAGGAAAAGGCGGAUAGAUGACAUGGGUACCCCACCAAAUCAACCUGUGGCUUGGACUACGAAGCAAGCAGGUCACCUAGCUAAGCGAGCUCCCGAAGUGAAAAAAGAGGAUGUUACUGAAGUUAUCGUCGGAGAAACUGGAGAGAGGACACCUACUGCUAACGCUUCUGAGUCACCUGAGACGUUCAGCGUCGAGGGGCGCUAUGCAGCGGGAACUUGGGAACAAGCUACAGUGGAGGCCAUCAUGAGCUUGAGGUUGCUAGGCACCACAGUCACCACCACUCAGGUUGCUCAGACUAUAAUUGCAAAUCUCAAAGACGAGAACGACUUCCUUCGUGCACAUAAUGCUAACCUGCGCUCCGAAUUGAAUGCGAAGCAGUGGACACAUGAACAGGAAAUCAGUGAUCUUCAGGAGAGACUGGAGAUAUUGAAACAGAAGUGUUCAUGUGGCGCCAUGUCAGAAAAGACUGUCACCAGCUCAGAGGCGGCACUUUCAGAUGUCAUGGUUGCCGAGAUAAAGACUGAGCACCUUUCAUUAUGUUAAUGGGUUGGAAAUAGCAUUUACUAAAAACAUUACCUGUUUUAUAUCACAUUUUGUUGUCAAGCAACAACUAGGGUCCUCACUUGUGAUAUCUUAACGUAGAAUAAAAAAGUAACAUAGAAUUUAUUUAUUUUUUUCUAACACUGUGGCCUUCGUAAAGCCAUUUGAGUGUAUACACAGUUGGAUGCAUAUGGAUGACUUCUGAAGAUUUAAUUUGGUUUCCAAUACAUUCAGGUUCCUAAAAGUUUCAGUGAAGGCUUGCUUAUGUUCAGUUUAAGCAAUAAACCCCAGGAGUCUGUGUGUUCUAUUGACUUUAGAAUAGCUAAGGAGCGUUGUUAGGCAUAAGGCAAAGCAGAGAUUAUUGUUUUUUCUAACGGUCACUACAUAUACCUGGCAUUUUUUCAGAAAAUAAAAACAUAGCAAUGAGAAA